CGAUGCCGCACUAUAAAUUAGUCAUGCACAGUUGCAUCCAUGGCUGCCAAGCUCGAACAAGCAAUUCUCAGGGAUAAUCACACGAUAGUAGAGCUUAAUUAGUAUCAUCAACCGUGCCACGGUGCCGAUCGAUCAGCGACACAACAAUUAAGCUCUUCAACAUGUCGUGCAAUUCUGCCGAGGUCGCGGCCAACGACGGCAGCAGCAAUGGCGGUGAGAAGCAGCAGCAGCAGGAGGAGGAGGUGGUGUGCGUGACGGGAGCGGGAGGCUUCAUCGGAUCAUGGGUGGUGAAGGAGCACCUCCUCCGUGGCUACCGCGUCAGGGGAACAGCCAGGGAUCCCACCAAGAACGCCCACCUGCUCGCGCUCGACGGAGCCGGCGAGAGGCUCACCCUGUGCCGCGCCGACGUCCUGGACUCCGAGAGCCUGCGCGCCGCGUUCGCCGGAUGCCAUGGCGUCUUCCACGUCGCCUCCCCGGUGUCCAAUGACCCUAAUCUGGUGCCGAUCGCGGUGGAGGGGACGAGGAACGUGGUGAACGCGGCGGCGGACAUGGGCGUGCGGCGCGUGGUGUUCACGUCGUCGUACGGCGCCGUGCACAUGAACCCCAACCGGAGCCCCGACACCGUCCUCGACGAGACCUGCUGGAGCGACCCCAAAUUCUGCCGCCAAACCGACGUAUACUGCUACGCGAAGACGAUGGCGGAGAAGGCGGCGGAGGAGGAGGCGGCAAAGCGAGGCGUGCAGCUGGCGGUGGUGCUGCCCUGCGUGACGGUCGGGCCAAUCUUGCACCCGGCCAUCAACACCAGCAUCAACCACGUCGUCCGCUACCUCACGGGCGCCGCGCCCACCUACCCGAACGCCGUCGCGGCCUACGUCGACGUCCGCGACGUCGCCCGCGCGCACGCACUCGUCUACGAGCGCCACGACGCCCGCGGCCGCUACCUCUGCAUCGGCGCCGUGCUCCACCGCGCCCAUCUCCUCCAGAUGCUCAAGGAACUUUUCCCACAGUACCCCGUCACUUCCAAGUGCAAGGACGAUGGGAAUCCGAUGGUGGAACCGUACAAGUUCUCGAACCAGAGGCUCAAGGAUUUGGGCUUCGAAUUCACACCAAUGAGGAAGUGUCUGUAUGACGCAGUCGUAUGCAUGCAACAGAAGGGGCACCUCCCGCUGGUUGGUACCGCCGUACCGGACCAAAAUGUGACCUCUAAUACGAGCUCGAUCGUCUAAGGCAACUGGUAGAUUCGAGUAAUCUUCUGAUGUUAUCACAAUAGCAGAAAUGGACUGUAGUCUAGGUUAUAACGGUUUAUGUUAACCCAAGGAGUUUCCACAGAAAUACUACUCGAAAAUAUCUGAAAUUACUAGCGAAAUGUCUAUGCUUUGCUACGGAUAAUAUAAAAUGUAUUGUAAUGAAAUAUGUAAAUAUAUGUUAUUGGCAAAUAUGUAUUAGGAAUGACCAGUGUAAAAAUACAAUGUAUAAAUAUCCAAAAUUACA